CCGAUGAGACUCGAACUGCCAAAUUGCAGGCAGCCAGCCGUCAGCAGAAGUAGCCUGCAGUACUACAUUUUAAACACUGUGCCACUGCGACUAGCCAGUUCUGUAACAACAAAUCUAUCUAAUUGGCAAAACCCAAACUCAAAAAUUUCAUUUUUUCUACCUCAAUUACAAAAUCCAGAAAUGAGUUUUUUAGUCGCAUAACUGAAUGUCUUAUGGGAGAGAUAAAAACUUUUACCUUUAAUAUUAUUUCUCUGAAACGUUCCUGGAUGUUCAACAUUGCAAUAAUGCUGCUGCCCACCAGAAUUUCAAUAAAUACCAUUUAUAGUAUGGUACAGGAUGGCCAUUGAGUUUAUCAUUGAACUGACAUGGGUGCCAUUUUAUGGCAUGGGGCAUAAUAUCUUUCUGGCAUCCAAUGAUUACAUCCUUGAAUUGAGCCAAAGUUAUAAACUUUAAGUCACUAUAAUUUUAUUUCUUCAUGUACAAGUUAUCAAUGAUUUAUUUACUAAAUUUAGCAUUUUUGCCUGAACUCAUAGGCCACAAUUGCUGGGACCAUGAACCACAAGCUAGACAAUCACUAUGUAGAUUAGAACAUUGUGCAAAUUCAGAUUUCUUUUGACAGCUUUUAAUUUGGUUUCUGUAUUUUUUUUUAUAGACAUCGGCAAGUAUUUGAUAAACUAUUUAACAUGAACCUUGUAAUGAAGGCUAAGACUAUUAGGGAAUUUGACAAACAGUUUACCACAGUCAUGUUUGGCUAUCCUUCAGUUGAAGCUUACUAUGAAGAUGCCAGUCCAUGUCAUAAACUGAAGAAAAUAGGAAUUCCAGUGUUGUGCUUAAAUUCUCUGGAUGAUGCAUUCUCACCAAAUCAUGCUAUACCAGUGGAAAUUGCAAAACAGAAUACUAAUAUAGCUUUGAUCCUUACUUCCUAUGGAGGCCAUAUUGGUUUUCUUGAAGGACUGUGGCCAAGAAAGUGCACGUAUAUGGACAGAAUCUUCAAACAAUUUGUUCAAGCAGUGUUUGAGCAUGGGAGAAAAAUUGUUACUCUUUAGCAAUUUAUCCAAAUGAUGGUCAAUGCACAUACAUAACACUUAAUCAACCAGAAAAUGAAAAUCCAUGAUUCAGAGCAAAAUAUAAUUUUGCUUAAAUAUUUUUGCAGUAUUAUUGUUUUUAUCUUAUACCUUUUAAAAUAUAAUUAAAAGCACUCAUAAAAUUGCACUUAUCUAAAAUAAUUAGAUAUUACUCAGGUGUUUUAAUUUCAAUAAUUCAAAUGUAGGAAUCAAACAUUUGAUUACGUGUUCUAAUGCACUUUAUGUUCACUAAUAUGUGAGAGCACAGGAACAGCUUCUAUGCGGGCACAGGAAAUGACUAGGAAAUGCUAAAUACAUAUUUUAAAAGUAAUAAAAAUAGCAGUUCAAGAAGCCAUAGAUUGUAGCAGUUAUUGAAUUUUGCGUCUGUUACACAAUCACAUUGUCAACUCUAUGUUUAAAUAUUUCAUUUUAAGUUGUUCUAGGUAUCUUAUUUUUAAAAUUAUUAUUAAAUUAUACCAUUUAUAUUUAUACUAGGUCUUUUAUCUUAAAAUGCAGAACAUAAAUAAACCGCUUUU